GAUCCACUUAUAACAGAAGAUGGAAUAAAAUGAGAGCUGCUUUAAUGAAAAAAUAUGACUUCCUUUCGUCCAGUGAGUUUGCUAAUGAAAGCACCGUAAAAGAAGGAAAGAGAAAAAUCAGCUGUAAUGACAGUACUUCAACUAUUACACCAUCCACUAGCAACAUCAAUCAAAGGCUUUCAGAUAAUAGUAGAUGUACUGAAGUGAACUUGUGCUCUCAAAAGUUCGUGAAUCGCAAAGAACUGAUGAACGACUUUAUGAUGUAUAUAAUGUCAAAUACAUCUCUGAGCAUAGGAGAUGCUGAUCGGGUUCUGUAUGGUCUACGAUUUCUUAUCACGGACAUACUGAAAAGCAUCAGAGGUGUCCUAAAGACGUGUGCAAGUGUUCAACCAAAGUUCAUCGGCAGUGGGGUUUACUACCAUCUAGGAUUGAAAACCAAUCUGCUAAGAUGCGUUGAGCUUUGGUUGUGUACUAUUGAUUUUGAUUCUUUAAAUUUAUAUAUCAAUAUAGAUGGACUUUCUAUAUCUAGAAGCUCCAAUCAACAGUUAGGGACUAUACUAGGACGGAUAAUUGCCCCGAGGUUUAGUGACGUGUUCAUGAUAGGGAUCUACGGAGGGAAUAGUAAACCGGUAGAAUUCAACGAAUUUUCUGCGGACACAAUUUCUGAAACAAAAGAAACGACAGACGUGGGUCUUUUUAGUGUCAAGUUUAAUAAAUGCAUAGCUAUUAGGUUGGCGGAUGUUAUAUAUGACGCACCUGCUCGUUCUUGUGUUAGGUACACGGUAAAUCAUAACAGUAAGGCAGGUUGCGAUAGGUGUACUGUACUUGGGAGACGGCUGGAGGGUAAGACGACCUUUCCAAUUGGGGUAUAUACUUUAAGAACGGACGACACCUUCCGUCGUCAGACUCAAUCUACUCACCAUCAAAGACAUUCUAUAAUGGAGACGCUUUCUAUUAAUAUGAUUAUAACUUUUCCUCUAGAUCCUAUGCACAUGGUGUACCUUGGUGUUACAAAAAAACUAGUUAACUUAUGGAUAGAUUUAGCACGCCGAAGACUGCAGAACCUUAACUCAUGUGCAAUUAGGGAAAUAAAUAAUUUAAUAUCAGGUUGCGUGACAAGUACUCCUUCUGACUUCCCCCGUAAAUGCCGUACACUAGACUUCGUAUCGGCAUGGAAAGCUUCUGAAUGUACGUUGUUCCUUCUGUAUUUAGGCCCGGUGAUUCUUGAAAAAACAUUACCACAACCUUUUUAUCUUAAUUUCCGGCGUUUAGCGUUAUCCAUGUACCUGCUGGCACAUCCCAAAUUACAUAAUACUGUUGUAGAAACCGCCAGAAUAGAUUUACUAAGCUUCCUGAAUGAAUACGAAUGGUGUUAUGGGUCUGAAAACGUAGUUUACAAUGUGCAUUCGUUACAGCACCUCCCUGACGACGUUCGUGCACAUGGACCUUUAGAUAGUUUUUCAGCCUUUCCAUUCGAGUCUUACAUGAGACAUAGUGGGUUUGCAGUGCUACCCUGUGGUCAUAUUCUGUAUGCACAUUCUAAAGAUUUAAUUCGCGGAGCUAUGUGUGUGUUCCUUUGUCUCUAUAAGGUUUGUAGACCUACUUCGACAUAUCAACCGGUGGAAUAGGAAAUACAUAAUGGACCAGGUUCUUCGUGCGCUGGACCACAUGUCAAUCUCGACAAAGAGUGAUGAUCUGCUGGAGAAGUUCACUAACAAAUACCACUCAAUCCAUACUCUCAGUGAACCUUUGGCAAGUAAAAUCAUCCGUUCAUGCCUCGAAGCAGCGGUGCCUCGUUUUUUCGACGUUUAUGGUCAUAAAGGGGUUCAGAACAUGUCGUCAGCUAUCAGUGACUUGACUAAAACGAUGCACAACGUAUCCUCGGCCAUUAGUGACUUGAAUAUUAAUGUAAAGCAAUUACCAUCUAAGUCUAAUGAACGUGAAGAACCGCAUCAUUUCGAUUGCGGACUAUCAAGUCAGCAGUUCCCUUUGUCAUCUGAAGAGGAACGUUCCUCUUCAGAAACUUUGCCUUACCUUACGGCUCUAUAGUUACAGUCAUCAGUGUUAACGGACAUAACCGUAAGUUUCGCACAAAGUAUUUUGCUGUGCCAAAGCCUGUCAUUCAGAUGUCCUUGUUACUUGUUGUUUUUUGGACAUUUCAGAAUUCACAGGAACACUGUUUUAAUUCUCAACAGCCGAACAUACGUGGCUGAAGGCAAACGUCCGUUCAGUUUCUUUUUGUUAUGCGGAAUUUUUAGUAAACAUUUUUUGGUGGCACAGCUUACCUUUUUACUAGCAUUGGAAGCUACUGAAGUGUUGAGAAAGUGCGUUUGAUUGUUAGUGAACUAGUGAUUAAACGCACAUUCCUUAUAAAUAAUACAUCACCUGUUCUUUCUUUUGCAGAUAUUGUCAAAUAACAAUAAAUAAGCAUUUACAGUGGAAGUGAAAAACAAUCUAUGCUGAAUCUUCAGCUAUAAUGUUGUACAAUAAUAAGCUUUUCCUUUUAAGUAAAAUUUUUAAAAGUAUACUGGUUUUCCAGUGCAUUUGACUUUAUUUUUGGUCUGUUGUUGAAACAAAAGGCGAACAUUGGAGACCUUUGGGGUUAUGCCAAUGGAUCAGAAAUAAACAGUUAUGUGUGUACUUAGGCGAAAAGUAGUCGAUUCGGCAGAUAUUUAGGUGAAAAGUAGGCAAAUCCGCGGAUAUUUGGGCGAAAAUUCGACAAUUCAGUGGAUAUUUAGGCGAAAAGUCGGUUAUUUAUCGACAAAGCGGGUAAAAGGGGUAAAUCCGCAUUAUUUCCUACGGACAGGCGAAAAAGGCGACAUUCUGGCGCAUUUUCCCCUUUAUUUCCUCUUUUUUGGUUGUUUGGGACUGCAGAUGCUGAACACUGAUUUGCAGCAGAAAGAAAUGAGGGACAGAUUUAUGGCCAUGGUAACGAGGUUAAUGGAUAAUAAUCCUAAAACCUCAAUGCGAUAUAUAUUGUCGUACCUCAUGACACCUGAGGUUGCCAGCAAUUUCACGCUACUUGGCACUUCUUCAAAACGAGCACUUCAGAAAUGCCGGUUUUACGGCUGCAUACGAAGUGCAUUAACAAAUCGCUUUUCGUCAUCAUCUGUCAAAGAAAAAGACCUUGCGAAACUGUACGAUAUCGCGACACAAGGUUAUUUUCACGACAUCAGAGACAAACUGAUGAAGCGUCAUAGGAGGAAACAAGAUCAGUUCCAGUCGACUGUCUUAACGAACAUAACCGUGAGUCAAGCGUCAAGUAUUUGGCUUUGCCAAAGCAUGUCAUUCAGAUAUCGUUGUAACUUCUUUUGUUUUUUUACACAUAAGGAUUCACAGUUAGAUUAUUUUUAUUCUCAAUAGCCGAACGUGCAUGGCUGAAUGAAGUAGUCCGUGAAAUGUUUUUUAUGUCCUACUUAUUUUUCAAUAAAAGUUAUAUUGUGAGUAAGCUUACUUCCUAUAUGGGGAACUAAUUAAAUGUUAAGGAAGUGUAUUUGAUUGCCAGUGAACUUGCGACUAAACACACGCCUUAUUAAUAAUACAUCACCUGUUUCUUUUGCAGAUCUUGGCUUUGCCAAAGCAUGUCAUUCAGAUAUCGUUGUGAAUUUUUCUUUUUUUUUACUUCAGAAUUCACGGGACGACUACCUAAAUUCUCAAUAGCUGAACGAACUAGGCUGAAGGGACUAGUCCGUGCAAUUUUCUUUAUGUUCUACCUCAUUUUUAAUAAACAAUUUUUGGUAAAAGAGCUUACUUUAUGACUUACAUGGGAAGCUAUAAAAGUGUUGAGAAUGUGUGUUUGAGUGUCAGUGAACUUUUGUUUAAAUGCACAUUCCUUAUAGAUAAUACAUCACCUGUUCCUUAUUUUGCAGAUAAUUUCAAAUAACAAUGAAUUAGCAAUUGCAAUGUAUAUGCAAAACAAUCGAUGCUGAAGCUUCUGCCCUAAUGUUGUACGCUAAUUCGCUUUUCCUUAUAAAUAAUUUUUUUAAUAUACCGGUUUUCAAGUGCAUUGCAGUUUUAUUUUGAUCUGUUGUUGAAGAUAAAAGCGACCAUAGGAGACCUUUGGGGUGAUGACAAUGGAUCGAAAAUAGGGAGUUCCGUGUUUAUUUAGCCGAAAAGUAGACAAUUAAGCGUAUAAGCAGGCAAUUCCGCGGAAAUUUUGGCAAAAAUUCGACAAUUCGGCGAGAAUUUAGGCGAAAAGUCGGCAAUUUGUCGACAAAGCGGCAAAAAAGGGGGAAAUCCGCAGUAUGUUGUUGAUACUUCACAACAACGUUGCGCUUGUGAGCGCUUUAAUGACUACAUGCUGCCGCGUAGUCACAUUUUGUAUGCAAAUCCCAAGGAUCUAACUCGUGGAGGUGUGUAGACAAGGAACUACAUAAUGAACUUGGCUCUCCGUGCGUUGGACAACGUGUCAAUCUCUCAGGGAGUGAAGAUCUGCUGAAGAUGUUCACUAAUAACUACUACACAACCUUCUUAAUGAACAUCUGGCCGGUAAACUUAUCCGUUCAUGCCUCGAGGCCGCGGAAGACGUAUGUGCAGAAGUUAUGAGUUCACUCGGUGUUAAUGAUGAAGCUACAUCUCCAGAAUGCAUUGUUUUAACUGACCAUAACUAUGCUUUUUGAUAACAAGAAGUUCUAACGUUCAAAUCUAUUCAGUUUUACAUAAAUU